UUGAGUUAUAUGGCGUAUCAACAAAUGGCGGCGUUAAAAAAAUAAUCUGUUUUGCCGUUACGAGAAAAGACAUUAAAGAUGGCUAUGGCUGAGCAGAAAUACAAUCUAGCACUAAUUUCAACAGUUACAGACAAAAAGAUCAGAUCACAGCCAUGGUACAAGGAGAGGCUAAAAACUAAGUAUAUAAAGUCACUGAAACCAUCUGAUACCUCUAAAUGCCUUGUUGGAAAAAACUGGAUUUUUGUCAAAGAUGGCUUAGAUGACUUCCGAGAUGGUCUUCCCCCAACUGUAGAGGGCAACGUCUUUCUAAAAGUGGAAAAAGGUCCAGGACCAACAAUAUCAGGCGACAGUGACAAUGUAUCAGCAGUCAAACAGGCGGCCAUGCCUAAGCGGUUUGACAAGGAGCAGGUCUGUUUCGCCCGAGUCACACCACAGCAGCAGCAGCGACGACAACACAUUGAUGAAAUUGAAUGUGGCUUGUUGCGACAUCCUCUUGCGCUGUACCCGCAUCUGGAGGAAAGUGUCGCACCAGAGCUGUUUGAGGAUAUUGUGGACAUCCUUGAUCCCGAGAUGAACAUGGAGUCCAGUGAGGAAGGCUCUGAAGAAGACGACUUGGAUGAGGCGGAGGAGGUAGCGGAUGCUGAGGAGUCUAAAGAGGAUGUCAAGGCACCCGAGGUUGGCACAGAGGAGAAGGACGAGGCGCAGUCGAACGAAGAGAUAUUAAGAAAUCUGUAUCGCUGGCUACCACGGAAAGAAGAAAAGAAGGAAAAGAAGAAACCUCACGAACGAAAAUCGAACUCUCCUUCACAGGAAAGACAUAUUCAGAAUGUGACGCGAGAGUUCUGUGAGUGGGUUGCCAGUCUCGGUGGAGAGAGUAACAACAUAGAGGAGUCGACCAUUACCAGUCUGUUUGCCAGCGGCUAUGAAACUAAGCCUGCACUGUCCGUCCCCAUCCAUGUGGUGGAGCUGACCAAUGUCCCACAGGAACUGCGCAUGUCGGCAUCCGCUCCACAACCACAAGAAUCCACGAGUAAUGUCCCAAAGUCUGUCAUGAAAAAAAAGAAAUGGGAAUAUUCAGGCAACUAUGAACCAAGUUGGGUGAAGUUCAAAUAUGGUGCCUGGUACCUCGAUCCAAAGACAUGGCAAAAGAGAGACCACAAUAUUCCCCUCAUCGAUCCAAAGGAACUGAAAAAUCAAGAAAUGUCUGAAGCAAAAAAACGCAGCAAUGAUCUGAACAUUGAACUUUCUCAGAUGCAUGGAUCAAAUGCAUUUAUGGAGUUUAUUGAAAAGAAGCAAACACGUAAACCAGAAUUCAGUGGGAUCCCAUUGGUCCAGUUCUAGCAAUGCAAGCCUGUUCGUUUCUCGAAGAAUGUAAAAAUGGAAGUUGUCGGGGAACGUAACAUAAGCUGAUGUCAUGUUAUAUUAGCCGUUUUUAUUAUUGAGUGUUAUUGUUCUAGAACCAAAACAGAAUUCGAAACAAAAUAUGAUUUUCUUUGUUUUUAUUAACUGGUUUGCUGCUGAGAGCCACAAUUGUGGCUUCCAUGAAAACUGCAAAAAGCCACAAUUGAGAUUUCCGUGGAUACUGCAAAAAGCCACGAUAGUGGCUUUCCUAGUGCAUGUUGCAAAUUGUUCUCUGAUUGGAUUAAUUAUAACUGAGUUAAUGAGAAGACAAGUUAUAGCAUAAAUUUAUUACAUUUCCAUGAGAUGCAGUCUGUGAUUGGCUAAGCCCAGUAUAAGUGUUUCAUUGACAUAUGAUGGUGCUAUUAACUGGUGGAACAACAUGUGACUUUCAAAACGAACACAAGUAAUGUCCGAUGUCUUGUUCAACACGGAUAGCGACGAUUCAAUCAGAACAUUUUAUAGUUUCAAUGAAUCUGAUAUUGAAACUUUAAAUGGAUCCAGUUUUGACAACUCAGAUAAUGAACUAAACAAUCAGUGCUGCUGUGGAUGAUUAUAAUGGGGGCUGAGUGGCUGAUUUCGCCGGCGAUAGUUUCGAUCAAAGUAAAACUGGAGCUCUAACAUUUUUGGAAAAACCAGGCAUAUGUAAUAUACCAGAAAACAUUAUCAACCCCCAUGGAUUAUAUCCUUUACUUCUCUUAGCUAGGUGACCGAUUUCUAGAUGAUUUAGUCUCAGAAUCUAAUACAUAUAGUGAUACAAGGGCACGGCAGAAACAAGACAAGUUGUCUUCUCAUUUCAACAAAUGGCAACAUAUUGGUGAUGCAGAGAUGAAAGCAUUUUUAGGAUUGAUAAUAAAUAUGGGUUUGAUUACUCAAAAAAAUCUCAUAAGGACUUAUCUUUGAUAUCACAUAGGGUAAAAUAUUUUGUUGAUCACUUCAGAAGUCAAUUUAGAAAGUACUAUAAGCCAGACAAAGAAUUUUCUGUUCAUGAAAGCGCAAUAGGAUUUCAGGGAAGGACUGCCUUAUUGCAAUACGUGCCACUGACAAAUACCACCAUAAAUUUGAAAUAAAACUUUGUAAUUUGUGUGAGAGUGCUGCUAAAAACAGUGACCAUGGACUAGGACAUGAUGUGUGUUAAACUUAUGGAACCAUUUUUCAAUUGUGGAUACCCCCUCUAUUUUCAUAACUUUUUUUUACAGCUGUAGCAUUGGGCGAAUUAUUGUUACGUUAACGCUAGUUACCUUACCAGAUAGAUGAAGGAAUUGUGUCAUUUGUACCAAUAAAGCUUCUGUUAAACUUGUGUGGACAUCUUACAAAUGUUUGACUUGUGAUGUGACCACACAAAGAAGCUUCUACCCAAUAACUAAAUUACUAAUAUUGCUUACCUGACAUUUCACUUGGGAUUUAUGGACAUCUCAACCACAAAUUAUGUAGAUACAUAAUGUUAUAUAGUCCAGAUGUCUGACAGAUUUAACCUCCAGAAAAUUAAAAAGAAAGACACACAAAAACCCAGUCAUGUGAGUCAUAUAUUUUAUUGUCUGAAAAUUAAAUUUUCAAUGCAAUUAUUUCUAUUUACAUGCUUUAUACAGUGUUAUAGCACAGAUAACUUAGCAGUGAACCAGUUAAUAAGUGUUUCAAAUUUAAUUAUACGGUUUGUCGGUUAUUUCUUUUAGGUUCAUAGGGACAAAAGAAAAGCAUUGCAAACUUUUGCGUAAACGGCCUUUGUCUAGCCUUUACAAAGUAAAAAGGCAAGAUACAGGUGUUAUAUUUCUGGCGACGGCAUCCACUUUUGUGUUAAAAUUUGGUGUUAAAGUUUCGUGUUUAAAUCAGUAUCUCGCAAACUAAGUCCUAGGUCAGUGAAAUAUGGUUUAUAAUUGCACCCACAGUGCAUGUGAAAUGAAUUAAAAAUUAAUAAAUUAAUUUUUUUUAAUGAAAAUAGUUUUGCAGUUAGAUUAAUGUUAAAGUUUUAAGUUUAGCUCCAUUUCUCACAAAAUAAAUGAAACCUGGUUUAUAGUUGCACUUACGGAUGUUCAUCACAGUGAAUGUGAAUUUUUUUUUAAAACUAAUUAAACAGUUUGAAUUAAAACACUUUCACAUUUAACUUAAUAUUAGUUUUGCUUUUAGAUCUGUUUCUAACAAACUCUAAUUCCUACAUGAAUAAAACUUGGUUUAUAGUUGCACCUAUGGAUGUUCAUAAUGCAUAUGAAAAGAAUACCAAAUUAUUUAGGCAAAUCAUUUACCUCCACAGCACUUUUGUUUUUAGUUUUCAUAACCCGGUGAACCUCAAAGAAACAACAGACAAUCUUUAAUUCCUAUUUGUCUCGCCUUUACGAAGUAAAAAGGCUAGAUAUAGGUGUUACUUUUCUGAUGGUGGCGGCAACAACGUUAACUUUUGCAUUAAUUUUUUCAAAGUUUAAUGUUAAACUUUCGGAUUUAGAUAAAUUUUACUCAAACUGCAGGGUUCGAACUUAAGAAUUUGUCUCCCAUGGCAAUUCUUUAAAAAAUUGCCGUGGGUGAAACGGCCCACCGAUGGCAAGUUUGAGCCAACCUAUCGAAAUAUUUUAAAAAGUGACAUUUGCAGCAAAUGAAUGUCACUGAAGGGUUAUUUUGUUGUAUGUAGACAUACAUGUAUUUUAAAUAUGUAAAUGUUAAAUAUUGGCAGAUAAUGUACACUAGUAGUAUACAUUUUGCCAUUGUUGAAGAGCUUUACCGAUGGCACAAAAGUGCUGUUGGUAAUGCUCCUUACCUACAGCUAUUUAUAUCUCAACAACGGCAAUUGCCGUCGGUGCCAUCAUUUAAGUUCGAGCCCUGAAACUGUAAGUCCUUGGUCAGUGAAACAUUUAUAGAUAUAUCUGUGGAUGUUCAUCACGGUGCAUGUGAAAAGAAUAAAAAAAAUUUAAUUAAAAUAUAUUAGUUUUUUUCACAUUUCACAUUUAUCUCCAUGUAGGUCCUAGGUCCUAAAUCAGUGAAACUUGGUUUUAGUUACACCUAUAAUUAAUUGUUCAUCACAAUGCAAAUUUGGCUAUUUUUUAUUUUAUUAUUAAAUUAAAUUUUUUAUAGAAUUUAUUUAACUGAAUUUUUAUUUAAUUAGGUUUUUUUUUAUAAUAUGCAUUGAAAUAAACAUCUUAUAGAAGCAACUAUAAGUGACACCAAAUAUGUUUAUGGUAGGUGAGUCAUUUUAUUCCACAGAAUUCUUGUUUCUGAAAAUGGUUUAUUAAAAAUUUGGUCUCAGGCUGAUUUAUUUAAAUAUAAUUUGUUUAUUUUAAUUAACUGGGUUUUUUUGUGUGUUUUUUAUUUUAAAUAUACAUACUUGUCUUCCUGCACAGUCUUCGCUAUUUACUUUUUUGCCUGCUAAUUGUUUUAUUCAUCAAUGGAGCACUUGUUACAGACUUAACUUCUUGAUACUAAGACAUGUAUUACAAAAAAUUUCUGUAUUCUGAUUAAUUAAUGUAAAGACGCUCUAUCGAUACAUUUUGUCCAGUGUACCAUAUAAGUAAAAAUAAUUAAUUGAAUCACUACGGUAACAUUUUAGCAUUGCAAAGUAUACUGUUUAUUUGUAAAAACCUUUGAUCACUUUGGAUUUGUAUAUCAAGUGAUUUUGAUAUACAUUUAUUUUAAAUAAAAUGUAUUCUCGUUGGCCAGUUUGAUAAUCGAGUUACUGUAAAUCAUAAAAUAUUAGCGAUCUUAAAAUUUACCAGAAUCUAAAUAAGUGACAUAAGAGCAACAUAGAACUUUAGUGAGGUCAUCAUAUCAGAAAGUUAAAAAAAGAAAAGAAGCUAAGCUGUAGGAUCAGCUGAAAUAAUACUUUUGAUCAAGUUUGAUGUUUUGCAGAUUACAGACAAAUUUACUAAAAGUUUAUGCUCCUUAACAUUUCCUUAUUUACAGCAUCGGUCUUCAUAUUUUGGGCAUCUUCUGUCAUGUUUUGUUUUUUUGUCAUAUAUUUGGAUUCGUCCUUUUAAAAAGGUUAAAUGCAAUUUAUGGUGAAGAGGUUUAAAUAUUCAAGAAGAGAUAAAAUAUUUAAUUGUUUUUUUGAACUAAUUAAAAUAAAAAUGUUUCUAUCUC